AUGGCGCCUACCACUCCCACAGUUGUGCUAGACACAACGCUGCAUGAUCUUUAUCAGACCGACAACGAGACCGGCCAGCAGCCGACUCUGGUGUACGCUCCUUUCCACGUCUAUCAUCGGGGAGCUUUUACCAAAUUCAUUUACCAUGCUGGGCUGCGUGUAAACCAGCCUGUGGCAACGAAUGAGGACGUGGUGAAGUUGCGGCUCAGGACAACACCACAGCGACACCUCUUUGCAGCUGGGCGGAUGCCCGUAGUGAUCCUGACGUCGAGUGAGCGCAAGUCAGAGUUGGCAGACGAUGCGGCGUCGAUGGACGUUGCCAGCAUGCAGAAGAGCAGUUCUCUGCUCCCGCGGGAACAACGACCAGAUGUGACGUUUUGGCCAAAGCCGGACGAUAUCCCUCUGAGACCGGGCUCCGAGAUUGCUUUGAGCCGUCCGACUGAUUGUCUGUCGCAUUUACCGCAUCUCAUCGACCCGGAAGUUCACUAUGAGAUUCUAUCGAAGCGUGGGCUGGCGCAGUCAGGGCUACCGACGCCGUCGUCAAUGAUUGUUGAUACGGUGCUCCGCCCAGACGAGAUGCGUGACCCGAAGAAAACCUCUGUAGAGGCGGCUCGGAUGCUGAUGGCCGUCGAUACGUACAAAUUGCCAUUCGUAGUGAAGCUGCCUCAGUCGUCGGGGAAAGGUACUUUUAUAUUGUCAAACGAGGAGGAGCGUGUCCAGCUCUCGGAAAUGCUCAAACCGCAGCUGCAGCAAAUGCUUGAGCAGACUACGGAAGCGAACCACCAGCUACACCCUUGCUCUCUAGUCCUGCAGGACUACAUUGCUGGAAAAGUCGUGGCUCUGUCGCUGUUUAUUACGCGGAAAGGUCGUGCAAUUUUUGUCGGUUGCUGCAAACAGAAGUUCAAUGACGAGGGACAGUGGGCUGGUGGCUCUAUAUCUUAUCCAAAACAAGCUGAGAUGCGCCAGUUAUAUUCAGAAUCCAUGGAAAAGGCUGCUCUUUUUCUGCACCAAAAAGGAUACUACGGACCAGCGGGUAUAGAUAUACUCACCAGCCCGUCGGGAGAGCAGUACAUCAUUGACCUCAAUGUUCGUAUCACGGGAACGUUCAAUCUCGGACUCGUCGCAGGACACUUCACCAAACGUGGCAUGAAUAGAGCCAUGGUGGAGGCUGCGUACUUUUCCUGUUCAAGGGUGAAGUUUGAGGAGAUCUUUGCACGCGAAAUGCGGGAGGGACGCAUCAUCAUCACAGCUUGGACUUACGACGAGAGCCUAGAGCUGAGUUUUGGAGUCUUCAUCAUUGGAGGCAGCAACCAGGGGGAAAUCAAGUGGCAGUUGAUGCAGGUUCAGAACCAUGCGGUGUUGGGUCUGGACGCCAUCGUGGAGUGUUAG